AUGGCGGCCGCCCUGGGAGCGGGCGGAGGAACCGGCGCUGGAGAUGAUGACUUUGACCAGUUUGAUAAGCCUGGCGCAGAGCGGUCCUGGAGGAGAAGAGCUGCAGACGAGGACUGGGACAGUGAACUUGAAGAUGACUUACUUGGAGAAGAUUUGCUCUCUGGCAAAAAGAAUCAGUCGGAUUUGUCAGAUGAGGAGCUAAAUGAUGAUCUUCUGCAGAGUGAUAACGAAGAUGAAGGAAAUUUCAGUUCUCAGGGCGUCACAAUUAGUCUGAAUACCACAUCUGGCAUGGUCACAUCGUUUGAACUGUCUGACAACACUAAUGACCAGUCUGGAGAACAGGAAUCCGAGUACGAACAAGGAGAGGAUGAACUCGUUUAUCACAAGUCUGAUGGAUCUGAACUGUAUGCUCCUGAGUACCAGGAAGAAGGACAGUAUGAAGGCCAUGGUGUUGAGCUGGCAGAAGACCACAUCGAGUACGCGGGGGAGCCGGAGGAGGAGCCGCUGUACAGCGACGAGGUGUUAGACAUCGAGAUCAACGAGCCUUUAGAUGAGUUCACAGGAGGCAUGGAAACUUUGGAGCUGCAGAAGGACAUGAAAGAGGAGUCAGAUGAAGAAGAGGAUGAUGAUGAAGAAUCUGGACGAUUACGUUUCAAAACUGAAAGGAAAGAAGGAACAAUUAUUAGGCUCUCAGAUGUAACUAGAGAGAGAAGGAACAUUCCAGAAACUUUGGAGCUUUCAGCAGAAGCCAAAGCUGCGUUGCUUGAAUUCGAAGAAAGGGAGCGACAGCAUAAACAGGGCCGCUACGGCUCAAGGCGGGGAGGAAGGAGAGGAGGUUCGUCCAUGUGUCGUGGAGUGGGAGACCAGAGGAGAGAGAACAGUGAGAGGGGAAGAGCCAAGGAUCACAGGCCCGCCCUGCUGCCCACACAGCCACCUGUGGUGCCUCAGCCUCCCCCUCCACCGCCACCGCCGCCGCCUCAGCAGCAGCCGAUCAGAAGUCUGUUCCAGCAGCAGCAGCUCCAGCCUCUGCUUCCCCUGCAGCAUCCGCACCAUCCCUCCCCUCCUCAAGGGAUGCACCUGCCGCCCCAGAUUGAGGCCCCGAGGGCGAUGAUGACCCCUCCUCCUGUGACUCCACAGCAGCCCAAGAACAUACACAUAAAUCCCCACUUCAAGGGGGCAGUGGUGACGCCCGUUCAAGUGCCCUUGCUGCCAGUGCCGAGCCAGCCGAGACCUGCUGUGGGACCCCAGAGAUUCCCGGGCCCUCCAGAGUUCCCACAGCACACACCUGGACCUGUUCCCAACAGCUUCAGCCAGCCCCCGCGGCUUCCUCUUCAAGACCAGUGGAGGGCCCCGCCGCCUCCCCAGGAGCGAGACCCUUUCUUCUUAGGAGUAACGUUGCAACGCCCUUCCGUUUCAGGUGAACCAAGGUUCCCGAGCCAUCUCUUUCUGGAACAGCGAAGUCCCCCUCCCCCGCCACCUCCUCCCACGCUUCUUAGCAGUGGUCACCCUGUGCCCACUCCCAGCCCCUUACCAUUCACCCAGCCUGGACCAGCGUUUAAUCAGCAAGGACAGCAGCCUGUGUUCCCCAGAGAGAGGCCCGUGAGGCCAGCCCUCCAGCCACCAGGGCCUGUGGGGAUUCUGCACUUCAGCCAGCCAGGGUCCGCAGCAGCACGGCCGUUCAUCCCUCCUCGACAGCCCUUCCUGCCUGGCCCAGGACAGCCCUUCUUGCCUGCCCACACACAGCCUAAUCUUCAGGGGCCCCUGCACCCCCUCUGCCCCCCUCCCCCGCAGCCCCAGCAGCAGCCCCCGCUCCCGCCCCCGCUCCAGCCACCCUCGCAGCACCAGCCGCCGCCGCCGCCGCCGCCGCCGCCGCCGCCGCAGCACCAGCCGCCGCCGCCGCCGCCGCCGCCGCCGCCGCACCCGCACCCGCACCCGCACCAGCACCAGCACCACCACCUCUCUGUUCCUCCCCCGCCCCUGAUGCCCGCGGCUCAGCCCCAGUUCAGGCCUCACAUGCAGACGGGGCCGCCUCAGCCAAGCAGCAGUCGGACGCAGUGCCCCCAGCGCCAGGGGCUAAGGCAUAACACAACUUCUCAGAAUGUAACCAAACGACCAAUGCAGCAAAUGCAGCCAACUGCUCCAAGAAACAGUAAUUUGCGUGAAUUACCAAUAGCACCCUCACAUGUUAUAGAAGUGAGUAACAGUCGCUGCUCCUCCGCACCAGCCGGCGCUCAAGUAAAGCCUAUUAUCAGCACGUCACCGCCCACGAGGCCCGGGGUGGGGCCCAGGACUGCGCAGGGGAAGGCUGAUGUGAAAGUCAAGCCAGUUAGCCCUGUGGGCCGGCCUAAAGAGGAAGCAAAAACAGAACCAGAGUUUCCUGAUGAAGAUGAAGAAACGAGGUUAUACCGCUUAAAGAUAGAAGAACAGAAGCGCCUCCGAGAAGAAAUCCUGAAGCAGAAGGAGCUGCGGCGGCAGCAGCAGGCCGGCGCGAGGAAGAAGGAGCUGCUCGAGAGGCUGGCGCAGCAGCAGCAGCAGCUCUGCCCCCCACCAGCCCUGGCCGGGCAGGAAGAGCAGCUGUCGGCACCGUCGCCCACCAAUGGUAACCCACUGUUACCCUUCCCGGGGGCACAGGUCAGACCGCAUGUGAAAAACAGACUUCUCGUGAAAAACCAAGAUGCCACUGUUUCAAAUGUUCCACCCAAAACAUCCAAUUUUGUGCCAUCUGGUGCUAACACGCAGUAUCAAGGACAGCAGAUGAAACCACUGAAACAUUUGAGACAGGCCAGAACCAUACCUCAGUGCCCAGCUCAGCACAAAGUCCUGCAGGUAAAGCCUGCAGACGGGGAGGGACCGCCACCCCCCUUGCAGACUGCUCGAGCCGCGUCCCUCCAGGGCCGGCCCCCGGAGGUCAAGCCUGGCGCGAAAAGGACUGUCAUGCACCGGGCCAACAGCGGUGGCGGAGACGGGCCGCACGUCAGCUCCAAGGUCAGGGUGAUUAAGUUGUCAGGCGGGGGAGGAGAGAGCGAUGGCUUUUUUCACCUGGAGGGCCAGCCUCAGCGGCUCCCUCAGCCCCCAGAAGUGAGACAGCAGCCUGCCCGCAAGGUGACGCUGACCAAGGGGGCGCUUCAGCAGCCCCAGCACCCUCCGGUGGGGGCCCACGUGCACUCAGCCGGCCCUCCAGGCAUCAAGAGCAUCCAAGGAAUUCACCCGGCCAAGAAGGUCAUCAUGCACGGGAGAGGCCGGGGAAUGGCAGGUGCGAUGGGCCGGGGCCGCCUGAUGCCGAACAAGCAGAAUCUCCGGGUGGUGGAGUGCAAGCCUCAGCCCUGUGUCGUGUCUGUUGAAGGGCUUUCUUCAUCCACUACUGACGCCCAACUGAAGAGCCUGCUGAUGUCAGUAGGACCCAUUCAGAGUUUACAGAUGCUUCCCCAGCAGCGGAAAGCCAUAGCCAAGUUCAAGGAACCCGCCCAUGCAUUAGCGUUUCAGCAGAAGUUCCACAGGCAUAUGAUAGAUUUGUCCCACAUAAAUGUGGCCCUCAUUGUUGAGUGAUUUCUGGCAGGAGAGCCUGACCGUAACGCUGCACACGUGCUGUGGAAUUUCUUCCCGGGAGCUGCCGCGCAGAGCCCC